GUCGAGACGCGCCGAUAAUUGUCUCAACUAUUAAUUGAGCAAAUAAAAUAAAUAUCGUUAUUAAGUUUAGUAUAAGCCCUACGUAGAUAAUUGACCACAAAAUCGAUUUUAUCACUCAAGGGACAGUUUAUUGUGUGUCACCAACAUUAUAGAGUUGGGACUGGCCAGGGGCAGUUGGUUGCAUGUUAUAUAAUUCUUUAUUUAAAAAAUAUCGGGCGGGAAUUACAAUUAGUAUCUGUUCACUACAACAGGAAAAGCUUGCUUCAACUACAACGACCAGAACGCGCCGAAGGCAUCCAGCAAGGGCGACAAAAUAGACAUCAUGGAAUCUGGCGUAGCAUGGCACAGACCCCAGUCCGCAUCUUCUCGGGUGGAGGAAGAGCUCAUGCAGAAGAGUUCCCGGGCUCUGGCUACUGCCACAGACCCAUUGGAGAAGCUGCGACUCUUGUGCUUGUCCCGAGGCGCCUCGGGCAUCAUGGGACUUGGCAGGAUUUUCCGACGUAUGGAUGAUGAUGGCAGCAAACAAUUGAAUAAAGAAGAAUUCUUUAACGGAAUCAAAGAGACAGGGCUUGAGCUCAACAAUAACGAUGCUGAAGAAUUGUUCAUGAAAUUUGACACUGACAACAGUGGCUCCAUUAGUCUGGACGAGUUCCUUAGGCAGAUACGUCCACCAAUGUCAGAGACCCGCCGUUCGAUCGUGGAGCAAGCGUUCAAGAAGCUUGACAAAUCAGGAGAUGGGAUCAUUUCCGUGGAAGACAUUCGAGGCGUGUACUCUGUGAACUCUAACCCGAGGUAUAAGAGUGGGGAGGAGACUGCUGACGUCAUCCUCAACAAGUUCCUGGCUAACUUCGAGUCUGAAGGAACCGUUGAUGGAAAGGUGACAUUGGAAGAGUUCAUGAACUACUACAGUGGCAUCAGUGUAUCAAUCGACAAUGACUGCUACUUCGACCUGAUGAUGCGUCAGGCCUACAAACUAUAAUUCAUCACGGCACAAACCUUAAUACAUGUUCAAUUUAUUAUUAUUAUUGUUGACUUUAAAAUUACUCUCCAAAGUACUGACAAAAGCUGAUUGGGCUACAAAUUAAAUUGAAUUCGUGAUGAUACCAAGCACAGUAUAAUUUAAAAUAACCAUAUUUUUGGCAAUAUCGUUUGAAGCAUAAUAAUCGAAUUGGUAACCACAUACAGUUAGUACGAUGAAAAAUAAUCGGAUGCCUCCAACAGAGCCAUUCAUCUAUUAUUUUUUGUUAGAUUAGUUUUAAUCUCUCAUAUUAUGUUCUUAACAUCAGGCAUUCAGCUUUAUAUAUUAAAGUCUACUAAAACACAAAAAGUCAUAGGUCAAAGAGACUUUGCACCAAUAAUGUUCUCUAAUAUUGAUAUUAUGAAGUAAAUUAUAAACGUGUGCUUAUUGUAUUAUGUUAAUUUUAAUUAAAUAUUUUAACAG